AUGAUGGCCAGUAGAAUAGUGUGUUGUGGCGUGUUCCAGGGCCUUCCUGCCAAGCUGCUUCUCUCCCACCACGGCACGAUGCCCUCCCAUUACCUGGUCACCCUAUAUGAUGAGAUGUACGGACGCCAGGUCACCUCCACCCUGCCCACAUUGUGCUCCUGGCAUCCAGACAGGCUGGCGAGGAUGCCAGAGAAGUCUGACCACCCAAUGUGAUCCAAUCUUGGGUAAGAGAUCAAGUCAACAUUAGAAUAGCCCUUUUCUAAAGCAUUGGUUCCAUCAAGUUUUGAGUGCAAAACCCAUAAGGAACACUGCACCCUGGUUGAACAAAACCACUUGUAUAUGUGUACUUAAAGUCAUUGCACAGUAUGUUUUAAUUAUGAAAAUACUUAUAUUUACUUGACUGUGGCACAUAAAAAUGUCAGCUGUAAUUACAAACUGGAGUCAAGUAAAGAAAAUAAGUAAAGAAAAAAAAUAAGCAGUGUUCCACAAUUAAAGUUUAGGCAGAAUAAAUAGCCUUUGAUUAUUCCAAAUCUGUCACAGAUAUGACUAAUGACUGCAUCACUGUAACAGCUGAGCCCUCUCUCCUUCCCUUCCUUCUCCCUCCCAGCACCUCAAACUAACUUUGGCCUGGUGGAGUCUAGACAGGUCCGUCCGGACCAGCAGCAGCCCCCCUUCCCAGCGCUAGGUGUGUACAGGUCAGCGUACCAGAGGCACCCACUAAGUGCUUUCUGCCAGCCCCGCUUAGCCAGUGUGCCAGGUGGCCUCUACAGCAAGCACCAUCCUGCCAAUCGGAACAACAACGACCUGGAUCUGAAACAACAGUCCUGCAGACAGGUCCAAGACAACUCAGUCUCCGCCAGCCUCCUCCCUCCCCUCUCUUGGGUGUAG